AGAAAUAAUGAGUAUUCAGGUUAUAUUUACAACAUUACAAGAUAAGAUAUAAUUUAUAAUGGAACUUCGUGAUAUAAAUUAUGAUAAGGGUGAAUACGUCGAAACUGCGUCAGGAAACAAGGUGUGUCGUCAAACUGUACUUUGUGGAUCUCAAAAUAUAGUUUUACAAGGAAAAGUGAUAGUGCAAUCCGAUGCUAUUAUUAGGGGUGAUUUAGCAAAUGUCAAAACGGGAAGAUAUUGCAUUAUCAGUAAAGAAGCUGUACUGAGACCACCCUACAAAAAAUUUAGCAAAGGUGUUGCUUUCUUUCCUUUAUCUGUUGGGGAUCAUGUAUAUGUGGGAGAGAAAUCUCUCAUAAACGCGGCUGUCGUUGGAAAUUAUGUUUAUAUUGGAAAAAACUGUGUAAUUGGACGUAGAUGCACUCUUAAAGAUUGUUGUGUGAUCGAGGAUAAUACGAUAUUGGCACCAGAAACUGUGGUACCACCUUUUACAAGGUAUGCCGGUUCGCCUGGUGCUUAUGUUGGGGAUUUGCCGGAAUGCCAAGCGGAUCUGAUGGUCGAUUUUACACGGAGUUAUUAUCAACAUUUCCAACCAACUAAAUUAAUUUGAAUAAUAAUAUUUCUUUUUAAUAUAUUAUUUGUAUAAAUUAAUUUCAUUUUUCUCUCCAUUAUAACACAUUCAAGUCACAUAAAUCGAACAUGAUAAACUUUAUUCUACUUAGCAAAUUAUCUUUGGGAAAUCGUUUGUUUUGAAAAUUUUGGUAUUUUUUUGGGUUAAAAAGAUAAAAAAUUCAACAUUUCAAAAAGUAUUCAUGUUCAAUGGGAAAGACAAACAACUUUAUUACAAUAAAUGAUGGGCUUUA